AAACAUAAAAAUGAAUAGCACCCCACAUUUCCAUCUUUCUCUCUGAGAGAGAGCCUCAGCCUCCCCACUUUUGGACAGCGAGAAAGCAACCCUCAUCUUUUUCAACCCCAUAAAAAAGCACCAUCCCAUGUUUUUGUUUUUCCUUUAAUUCUUCGUUUUCAUGUAUUCAUGUAUGUAUCUACUAUAAUCUUUGUGGAAUCGCCACUUUUUCAAAUCUCGAGGCAGACAGCAAAGGGGGUGAGGAAAAGGCCAGAAUCCUAGGCAAAAAAAUUGGUUUGAGGGUAUUAUUCCAAUUGUUGUUUUUUAUAUAACAAUCCACAAAAAGAGUGUUGCCCUUGAGCAUGCAAGAAAGGGGAGAAAUUUACAAGUUACAGAGAAUAUGAAGAAGAAGGUAAAUAGUGGCAGUGAUGCAUCAAAGCAGAAAGAGAGGCAUAUUGUAUCAUGGUCUCCAGAGGAGGAUGAUAUUCUGAGGGAGCAAAUCCGGCUACAUGGGACUGAAAAUUGGGCUAUUAUUGCUUCGAAAUUCAAGGAUAAAACAACUAGGCAAUGUCGACGAAGAUGGUUCACUUAUUUGAAUUCUGAUUUCAAGAAAGGUGGAUGGUCGCCUGAGGAAGACGUGCUCUUGUGCGAGGCACAGAAGAUAUUUGGAAAUAGAUGGACUGAGAUUGCAAAGGUAGUCUCUGGCAGAACUGACAAUGCUGUGAAGAAUCGGUUCACCACGCUGUGCAAGAAGAGGGCAAAGCACGAAGCUCUAGCAAAAGAAAACAGCACUUCUAGUUAUAUAAACUUGAACAACAAAAGGGUUAUCUUUCCUAAUGGGCUUAAUGCAGGAGGAUCUGAGAGUGCUGCACCUCUUAAGAAGAUGAGGGCCUAUGUCCUAAAUACAGCAGAAAGCCAUGGAGAAAACUUACCCAGUGAAUGUGGUAAUGCCGAUCAUCUACUUAGGCCCCCAUUUUCUGUACUAGCUCAAAAUGUCCAUAGUUCUGGAAUUAACAAAAGCCAAGGUACGUUUCUGAAGAAGGAUGAUCCAAAGGUGCUUGCGCUAAUGCAACAAGCAGAACUGCUCAGUUCUCUAGCAAUUAAAGUUAACUCAGAGAAGUCAGAUCAGAGUCUUGAAAGUGCUUGGAUGGUUCUUCAAGACUUUUUGAAACAAAACAAAGAAAGUGAUCUGUACACAUUAACAAAUCCUGAUGUUGAUUUUCAACUUGAGAAGUUCAAAGACUUGGUGGAGGAUUUGACGAAUGACGAUGAAGGCAGUAGACCAUCUUGGAGGGAACCUGAUUUAUAUGAAUCGUCCACAGCCAGCUCUGAGUAUAGUGCAGGGUCAACUCUGCUGCCAAUCAUGCCAGGAGAUAAAGCGGGUGACAGUCAAGAUGAAACCUGCUUACUGCACCAGGAAAAUGGACAUCAAAUGCAGCCAGAUCAAUUAGAUCAUCAGCAGUGCCUUGCUGAAAGCAGUCGAAUAUGCCAAACUUCAAGCACAGAUGAAGUGAACAUGUUGACUUGUAACAACACAAAUGAUAAUGAUGAAGCAGUAUGUGAGUACUCUAGCACAGAGUUUGGUUCUCCUCUUCAUGUAACUCCCUUGUUCGGAGCAUUGGCAGCCACAAUUCCCAGCCCAAAAUUUUCAGAAAGUGAAAAGCACUUCCUAAUGAAGGCACUAGGAAUGGAUUCUACUUCUCCUGUUGCCAAUGCUUCCCAGCCUCCUCCAUGCAAGAGGUCCCUACUCCAUUGUCUAUGACCGAAUCACUAUGACUAGGCAUUGGGAGGUUUCCCGUAGAGUGUAGAAUAUUUUUGAUUCUUUUUGGAGUUCUUUAUCCUUGGAUUGCAGCUAUCUCGACCUUAGUUUUUCUGAGUGGGCCUGGGAGGAUCUGAUCUCCUUUGGAAUAUAGGAUGCUAAGGAGCAUCCUUCAUUUUCUUCUGAAGAUCAACUGCUGUGAUCUGCAUCCUGGAGUUUUAAUUUCUAAUACUCACCUUGGUUCCUUGUGCGUGUUUUCUUGUGGUGUGUCAUUUUUUUGUUGGUUUAAUGGAACGUGGAUACGGCCAUCCACUGCGCCAAAUGUUCUUUUUGGGCUAGAUAAGCCUACUGUACAGACAGAUUCAACACUAAAAACUCUUUAGUUAUUAAGCGUAGCUAUACAGUGGCAACGGAGAUUGCCCUUUAGAGAGAUUAGAAAUAGGUAUAGACAUGGCAGCCAAAAGAAGAGCAAAAGUUGAUCAGCUCGAAACAUCUUUUGCUGUGUAAAAGUGUGCAGAGAAGUAUGUAAUAAGUUUCCAUGGCAUUGGAAACUCUUUUGGAUCAUAUUAAUGUAAUCCAUACUUAUUUUGAGUGUGCAGACAUGUUUCUCUUA